AUGCUCAAGACAUCAAAGCUGGUUAUUCAGUUCAGCUGCUUUGCUCAUCUUUUUAACCAACAUGUGUUUGAAAUGACUUGGUGUUUAGGCCCCUCAAUGCUGCCCUAUUUUGACAUGGAAGGAAUUGUAGGUGUUGAGCAUAUCACACAACGUUUUAGAGAGUUAAGAAUCGGUGAUGUGAUCGUCUGUACUUCGCCUGCUGUGCCAGGAAGAGCUGUUUUGAAAAGAAUUAUUGGCAUGCCAGGUGACAAUGUUUGUGUGGAUCCAACGGUGAGAGAUCGAAAAUAUAUCAGUGUACCUAAAGGACACGUGUGGGUAGCUGGUGAUAAUCUGAGUAAUUCAUUCGAUUCAAGGGGUUACGGACCCGUCCCGAUGGGUUUAAUUAAAGGAAGAGUGUUUGCAAAGGUAUUUCAGGAUAUUCAUAUUUACAUUUGUCUAAUAUUUUUAUUUCAAACAGCUUUGGCCACAGCCUCAAUUACUAAAGGAUAUUGUUGUACCUAUUACUUAACAAAGGGAGGGUAUAUUGUAUAUACAUAA